AGCCAAAUAUAUCUGGAAGUAACAUAUGGAAUAUCAGAUUGAAGGACAAAGAUGCUGUAUAAAAAGGAAAGCACACCCCAGUCACGAUUACAAUUUGAAGAUGGAAUUUUACGCAAGCAGAUUAUGUGCUGUUAUACUUGUCACUAUAGCAUGUCUACAGCCAAUACUAACAGCAGAGAACUAUCGUUGCUUCCAGGCGAAUACAGGGUUAUCUAGUGGCUGUAGUAUCCCAAUAUUCAAAAGGUUUCCUUACAAAGAAUAUUUCACGCCAUCGUGCCAACGUCAUGACAUUUGUUAUGGUUGUGCUACAAAAUUCGGUAAAAGCCGAUCUUACUGUGACGAUCUUUUCUUACGAGACAUGUUGAAGGUUUGUGAUAGGAUGUCAAGAUGGAAGAAAGUAGGAUGUAUAUACUUUGCACGUCAAGUGUAUUAUAAGGCUGUUCGUGCUGCAGGUGCACUAUUCUUUAAGAGGACACCAAAAUCCGAAUGCAACCAGUUCUGGGUGCGCAGUUGUUUUCCAUGAAUUUAAAGUCUACAUGCUUUACUAAUAAAAAAAAAUUCAUGAACAGUU